CCCGGAAGAGGCGGACCGAGGGAAACGACGGUAGAGAAAUUGUUGUGGACAGAAGUCCUCAGAAUUUGUUAAGUUAUUUAGAUAAUCCAGCGAGCUAAAAACCGAAACCUACCCGAGCUGUAUCUGCGGGAGGAUUUCGCCUCGUCGUGCUCACGUUAGAGAUGUCGGUCGUGCCUCCCAGUCGCUCGUCCGCCGGCUGGCCGCGCGGUGGUGCCGUUCAGUUUGGGAACAAAUACAUCACCGGGCCUGCUAAACCGCUCACACUGGAGAGGACCAUCAACCUAUACCCUCUUACCAACUACACGUUCGGCACCAAGGAGCCUCUGUAUGAGAAGGACAGCUCCGUGGCCGCUCGCUUCCAGCGGAUGCGGGAAGAGUUUGAUAAAAUGGGAAUGCGGAGGACAGUGGAGGGUGUUCUCAUUGUCCAUGAACACAGGCUGCCUCAUGUGUUACUUCUGCAGCUGGGCACCACGUUCUUCAAACUACCCGGCGGAGAGCUGAGUCCUGGAGAAGAUGAGGUGGAGGGUCUGAAACGCCUGAUGACCGAGAUCCUCGGACGGCAGGACGGCGUGAAACAGGACUGGGUGAUUGACGACUGUAUCGGCAACUGGUGGCGCCCCAACUUUGAGCCUCCACAGUAUCCCUAUAUUCCAGCUCACAUCACCAAACCUAAGGAGCAUAAGAAGCUAUUCCUGGUUCAGUUGCAGGAAAAAGCACUGUUUGCCGUCCCCAAGAACUACAAACUGGUGGCAGCGCCGUUGUUUGAACUGUAUGACAACGCUCCUGGAUAUGGACCAAUCAUUUCCAGUCUACCACAGCUAUUGAGCAGGUAUUGUGUUCAACUUCAUUUACAACUAACUGAGUGAGCAGAAGUGCGUCUGGCUGUCUCUGUGAGUGCAGCGGUGUGCUGUCUGAGUGAACAUGAGCGGGAAAACACGUCUCAUCUUUAGCUCAACUUUCACAAGAAAGAAAAGCUUGUCAUGUCAGGUAUAUCGACAGUUCACAGGGGUGUUUAUACUGUUAGAAGAAAAGAAAAAUGUCAUGUGUCUUUUUUUUUUUUAAUCCUGGGAAACUGCUAGUUUUUGUAGUAUCCAAGUCUGUAUUCCAGUGUGCAAAGAAUCUGAUUUUAUGUCCUCAGAGGAGGCCAAUGUUUGAUUAAACAAACUACAUCAUUGAGUUUCCUGUUGUUUUAACCUGUAACAAUGCUGUGUUUUUGUCUCUUUUUAAUAAAGCAGUCCUUUUGAGUAUGUUUUUAUAAAGUUCAAAGAGCAAGUGAGUGGCUGGUUUCAAAGUAAAUAUAAAGCUCUUUGGGAAGAGAUUUUUUAUUUUGGUUAAUUCAAGACUGAGAUGAAGGCGCUAUUAUAUGAAAUUGUCACAACAAAAAGUGGUAAUGUUUAAAAAACAAAAACAUGCUGCAUGUGAAUGAAAACGGCUUUAAAAAGAUGUACUAUUUGGUAUGUAGACAGCAGUAUCAGAAAGAUCAUGCUGCUGUUUUAUAUGCUCACUUGUUUUAUGUUUUUAUUUCUUGUUGGAGACAGUUGCCAAAAGAAAGGCAGAUAGUUUCAGGCAGAGAUUGUGUCCUAAUCAGAAUUGACACUGUUGUCUUUUACUGCAACACAAAAUUGGAAAUGCAGCGCACUGUGUCGGACUGCCGUACAUGCUGAUUUGUUGAGGAAAUGUUGUCUGUAUGAGUAAUGAAACGGCGUUCUGUAAAAACACAUUACCUCGAGGCAGAGGCAUUUCUGUGGCCCUGAAUGCACUUGGGCCGUCUUUUAUAUUUAGGUUAAUAAAAUUGACAAUUUGCUCACUUUCA